GUGACAAAAACUCGAAAGCGGCAGGAAGGAGAGGUACAGGCGCAUCGUGUAACUAUAUUAACCGAAUCCACCGAUCAUUCUUCCUCUCUAACUCAAAAGCUAAAAUCUCUCUCUGUAAAUUUUGAAAAUCUUUAUGGAGACUACGACUCAAUGCUCCGUUCUCAUCGUCGGAGCUGGAAUUUCAGGAAUCUCGGCUGCCAAAUUGCUUGCCGAGAAUGGGGUAAAAGACGUGGUGAUAUUAGAGGCGGCGGAUAGGAUUGGAGGGAGAAUAAGGAAGGAGGAGUUCGGCGGUGUGACUGUGGAGCUUGGCGCCGGUUGGAUCGCCGGCGUCGGCGGAAAACAGUCCAAUCCAGUCUGGGAACUCGCUCGACAAUCGAACCUCCGUACGUGCUUCUCUGAUUACAGCAAUGCACGUUACAACAUUUACGAUGACAGUGGAAAAAUAUUUCCGAGUGGAAUAGCAUCGGAUUCAUACAAGAAAGCCGUGGAAACCGCCAUUAGGAACCUGAGGAACGAAGAUUCUAAUCGUGAUGCUGAUGUUUCAGUCCUUGCUGAGACACCAACAGUUCCGAAGACACCAAUUGAGCUGGCAAUAGACUUCAUUCUGCACGACUUUGAAAUGGCAGAAGUUGAACCAAUAUCAACAUACGUAGAAUUUGGAGAGAGAGAAUUCUUGGUAGCUGAUGAAAGAGGAUACGAGUGCUUGCUUUAUAAAAUGGCAGAAAACUUUCUUUUUACCUCAGAGGGUAAAAUCUUGGACAGUCGCCUAAAACUCAACAAGGUUGUUCGGGAAUUAGAGCACUCAAGAAAUGGAGUUUCAGUGAAAAUCGAGGAUGGCUGCAUUUACGAAGCCAAUUACAUUAUUUUGUCUGUUAGCAUUGGUGUUCUCCAAAGCGACCUCAUCUCCUUUAAACCACCCUUGCCUAACUCCAAACCUACAGUAUUCUUAUUGGUGUAUAUGAAAUAUAGUGAUGCAGUAUCGCACAUGGAGAAUGCUUAUCCAAGAUCUAAUAUCCUUGUCGUAACAUUGACAAAUGGAGAAUUAAAACGUGUUGAAGCUCAAUCAGAUCAAUAUCAUCCCACGUCAAUCACAACAUCUACACACAUUUUACUAAAUAUAGCGCAAUUACCGGCCCCCUAUAUGAGGUUGCUGGAAGGGACUCUUAAUAAAUAUGCUUAUUUUUCUUUAUGUUAUGAAUUUUCUAUGUUCUGUCACCCCCAGCAAUAUAUAGUUGGCCAAUACCCUAUAGCGACUGAGAAUUCAGUAUUAUCGAGAACAUGUUUGUGUAUAGCUUAUCAAGUAAUCACAAUUAAAUUAAAAACAAAAAUGACUAUUUAUCUGUUACAAUGUUAUCAGCACAUGGAGAAUGCUUAUCCAGGUUCUAAUAUCCUUGUCGUAACAUUGACAAAUGGAGAAUCAAAACGUGUUGAAGCUCAAUCAGAUCAACAAACCAUGAAAGAAGCAAUGGAAGUACUAAGGAAGAUGUUUGGACCUGACAUUCCAGAUGCAAUCACCAUACUCGUGCCACGGUGGUGGAACAAUCGCUUCCAACGUGGUAGCUACAGCAAUUAUCCUAUCCACAUUAAUCAUCAACUCAUAGAUGAUAUUAAGGCACCACUUGGACGGAUAUAUUUCACCGGGGAACAUACAAACAAAAAAUUUAAUGGCUACGUGCAUGGUGCCUACCUUUCAGGUAUUGAAACCAGUGAAGCUUUAUUAGAAGAAAUGAGAACAGAGAAGGAAAGAAAUGGCGGAAAUCAAAAUUUUCUAGUAGAACCUUUGCUGGCAUUAACAGAAUCCUUAACAUUGGCACAACCUGAUGUAGUAUCAAAUCUCCAUAAAUUUAACGUACCUAGACAGCUCUUCCUCCACAAUAGUAGUAAACCGAGACUUCCAGAAGCUAUCUUAUGACUAAAUGGACUUCCGGAAAGAUCGUCUUCCUCCAGAUAUAAUAUUCAGAUUGAUUACAAAAAUGGCCCGUUGGAUAUGGAUAGCAAUGAUUGCUCUAUAUGCACCAAAACAUCUGGUGAGAGAAAUGGACAGUUAGAUAUGGAUGACAAUAGUGGCUAUCAAUGUACAAAAAACCAGCUAGAUAAUUGAUAAGCAAUGGAGGAACGAAUUUGUUCUCGUUAAAUUGCUGAAGAAUAACUGCAGAUACCUGCGUCCCCAGUGAACCACGACCAAAAAAUAACAUCAAUGUUCUUAGACAAUUCAUAGCAGUAUGUCCUAUUCUUUUCGCAUUGAUUUGCACUUGCUUUCAUUUUUUCUUCUGGAGCAAAACUCAUUUUUCUCAUUUGAUUCGUAUUAUUCUUCUUUUCUGAUAUUGUCCACCUUAUUGACAAUCUUUGACAGUAUUCUUGAGCU